AUGGCUUCUUUUGUACAGUUGACGGAUGAUGAGUAUGAUGAAAUAGUGGUUGAUGAUGGGCCUAAUAAUAAUGAUGGUGUCGAAGAACCUAAGGCUGAUGAUGAUGUCGAGGAACCUAAUGUUGGAAUGACUUUUUCUAGUGAGGAAGAAGUCCGGUCUUACUAUAUGAAAUAUGCUAAACAUAAAGGGUUCGGAGUUCGCAGAAGGAAUUCUAGACAAAGCGAAGAUGGGAGGGUUCGAUGGUUUACAUUGGUAUGUGCGCGGCAAGGCACAGUAAAGAGUCAGGCUUCCAAUAUCCUAAAGCCAAGACAAACAGAGAGGGUAGGGUGUAAAGCAAGAGUUAAUGCAGUUUUGAAUGAGGAUGGCAGAUAUACCUUGUCUAGUGUAAUCUUGGAUCACACACAUUAUUGUAGUCCAGGAAAAGCAAGACACUUUAGAUGUUUCAAGAAGCUAGAUGCUUGUGUGGCUAAGAGGCUUGAAAUAAAUGAUGAAGCCGGAAUACGUACGUCAAAAACUUUCCAGAGUGUAGUUGUUGAAGCGGGGGGGUAUGAGAAUGUGCCAUAUGGGCAAAAGGAAUGUCAAAACUACAUUGAGAAAGCACGACAACUUCGCCUCGGAGUUGGAGGCGUUGAAGCUCUAACUAACUACUUCCAAGAUAUGCAGAAAAAAAUGCAGAAUUUUUUUAUGCGAUCGAUGUGGGCCCUGACAUGA